GGGCGGCAUACGUGAUAUUCUGAGCCGCACUGUAAAGGGGGCCGUCCCUGUUUAGUGGAGAUCUGCCCGAGGAAGGCCCACCUAGAGAUCAUCUGAAGAUAUCUCCGAUUCAGACGAUACUUUCGCGUGUGGGUGUGACCGGACCAUAAGGGGACAAGUCGAAGGCAAUCUGCAAAAGAGGUAAGGACGACUCUCCAUGUGCCGUCUCAUCGUUCAUGUUGACGGCUAGGCGUAUAGAGGUCACCACCAUUUGAUGGCCGUGCCUGGGAGCGUCGUCGUACAUAUAGUUCGGCCAAGAUGGAUGUGUUUAUGAAGGGUUUGUCUAAAGCAAAGGAGGGGAUGGCUGUGGCCGCAGAAAAGACCAAGGAAGGAGUUGCAGUGGCGGCGGAAAAGACCAAGGAAGGAGUCAUGUUUGUAGGUACCAAGGCCAAAGACAGCGUGGGCACAGUGGCUGAGAAGACCACCGGAGCGAUGGGGAAUAUCGUUGCUGCCACUGGUCUGGUGAAGAAGGACGAAUUCCCAACUGACAUGAACCCUGAGGAGUACGGGCAGGAGGCCAUGGAAGGCCAAGGAGAGGCAAUGCUGGAGCCAGAAGGGGAGGCAUAUGAUGAGUCCCAGCAGGAGAGCCAGGACUACGAGCCGGAGGCAUAAAUGCAAGAGUCCAAACCAUCAUCCAACCAGCAGCACAAUAACAUUUCUAAUAAUAAAAGGACAAAUGCUGAAACUAUUACAACUAUAUCCCUGUUGCAAAAAAAAAAAAUCCAACAAAAAAAGACAAGCAUUCCCAGUGAAAAAUGUUCUUCCUUCAAGACAAAUCUUUUAAUAUUAUUAUAUAUUGUAAAUGUCAUGUUAUUAAUGUAAUGUGUUGGGUGUAGGUAUUUAUUGAAAUGUAGGAUUCGUCCUCUCGGUCUCAUUUCCUUGAUUCCCUCCCAAUGAAAUGAGACCAGAGCCAGGACUUGUGACUUUGUACUCGUGCGUAUCUGUAUCUAGAAAUGUGCAAUAGAUGUUCAUCAACUUCCAAUGAGACAUUGGGAGUGAAAAAAUAACAAUAAAUGAGUAAAUAUGACCUGUUACAAGCAGAUAUGAGAACAAUAAUAUCCUCUUAAAUGUCGAUAAUGCCUGUUUGUGUUUUGAUUUUGUUUUUUUUGUUUUUUUUCGAAUUUCUUUGGAGAUGAGCUUGUUUUUGAAGUAAGAGUUUUUUACAUCGUAUCUUUAUAGUUACUCGUGAAAUCAUUCCACUACACUAUCUGUUAGAAACCAACAGAGUGUACAUGUUUGUGUGUGGGCGUGUAUGUGCGUGCGCGUGUGUGUUUGUGUGUAAUAAAGAUUUUAACAAGUUAAAGUCAGUAUAUUCUGUCUUGGAAUCAUAAUGGUUGUCAUAUCAAUAUGUGCUUUAAAUUGCAGGUCUUGUCACUGUAAAGGUUUCUGUGUUAAGCCAGAUAACAAAUCCUCUGUAAAUAAAAAGUUUGAAAAACAAA